AUGAGUAAUCAUCAGUUCACCGGUUUGGUGCUGACAGUAUUGUGUAGCACGACUGCACUGGGAGGACUUUUGCCGGAUUCUGGAAGCAAUGGUUAUCAGUACAAUAGACCAAACGGUGGAAUUCUUGGUGAGCCAGGGAGACGUGUAGGUUAUGAUGCUUCCGGUAGAUUCCUUCCAAGUGGAAAUGGAUUGGACUCCCUUGGAAGGCCAAGUGGCACUUACGGAGCCCCUGGUUUCGGUGGCUUUCCAGGACCCGUUGGGUAUGCUGGUAGACCCAGUGGUGCAUAUCCCGGUGGAUACAACGGAGCUUUUCCAGGUGGCGUUCCACCACCAGGCUACGAGGGAAUUCCCGGAGCUUAUCGCAACGGCUAUAAUGGGGACGACGGUCCACCGAGACCGUACAGUUUUCAAUACGAGGUGCUAGAUCCACCGAGCGGUAACGACUAUGGUCAGCAGGAGACCAGCGACGGAAAUGUCGUGAGGGGCGAAUAUCGAGUACUUCUACCGGACUCUAGGACUCAAAUCGUAAAAUAUACAGCAGACGAUGUGAAUGGAUACAACGCGGAUGUUCAAUACGAGGGGCAAGCUCAGUUUCCCAGACCCGGUGGUUAUCAAUUCAGUGGACCGCAGGGUUCUUAUCAGCCGGGCAUUGGAUUCGCGCCUUAUCAGGGUAGGGGUGGCUACGGGGGACCGUCAGUGGGUGGAUUUGGUGUUGGUGGUGCAAACGGCAACGGCAUCUUUGGAGGUGGUGGCGGCGUUGGUGUAGGCACCAGUCCCAGCAAUCAAUACUUACCUCCGGGCGGUGGUUAUGGCAAAUGA